UUGCAAGAACGUAAUCGUAUAAAAUGUUGAUGUAAAACAUGAAAGUGAUCGCUGUUAUUGUGUAAUUACAUUUCAUAAACGUUGAAAUAGAUAAAGUCAAGAUAUGGCAGAAAUUUCCAAUUCUACAGUGUUUACAAACGAUGCAUCCGCCAGUGGUGCUUCGGAUCUUCUUCAACAAGCGUUUCAGCAAGUUGUUGACGAUGACGACCACAACAACGAAUUCGUUGCGUUUUUACAAAACGACGAUAAUGAUUCGGAAACUAUUCACUUGACUCCGGAACAAGCGGUGGCCUUAGGUCUAACCUUUGAGGUAAAUUCGGGCGAAGAGGUUAUGUAUCAACAGGAUCGAGAUAAUGCUGGCUCCAAUACGCAGGAAGUUUCCGCGAACGAUAACAUUGACAUACAGGACCAAACAGCGUUACAUUCUCAAGAUUCUAUAACGAUUAAUGACUUAAGUUAUCAGCCUGACGAGGUACAAAAAUCUAACGAUAAUGCAUUGAUUAAAACAGAAUGUAUCGAUUUCCAAGAGUGGCAUAUGCAAAAAGUUUCUGAGAACGAAGAGCUUCACGACCAAGUAGUCGAAGAUAGUUUGUCGUUAGAUGAAAUGAAUUUAAGUAAUCAGAAUCAUGAAACUGAACAAAUAAUUGAACAUCAAACUAAUCUAAUUCAACAGAACUCAGGAACACAGACAAUAGUUUUGGAACAGCCUAAGGUACAUGCAAUGAAAACAGAUGUUGCGCAUGUGAAGAAUAUUCAUGAAAACGAACUGCAAUAUACAAUUGACAGUAGUAUAGCACAAAAUCAACUCAAUAUGAUUCCUACUUCUCAGGCACAGAUCUUACAGAAGCUACCUGUGAUUUUGCCAUCAUCGCAAUUUAUUAUAAAACCUGCACAAACUAUAUUGAAGCCAACUAAAAAUAUUAGAUUGCUUCAAGGUUCGAAUAAACUUGCUAAUACAACAGUGAAUCAGAUUAAUGCAGUACAUUCAUUGAGUGCUACUUCAAAUUCUAAUUCUUUGUUAUUAUCGAAAGCCACAAUACUGAAUAAUUUAUCAUCGCAGAUAAUAAAAGCUACUCCUAUAACGGCUCAGUUAUUAAAUACUGCUGGAAUACCUGCUCAGCUAUUAAACACUUCACAAAUUAUAACUGGUGCUUGCGAGAUACAGAAUCAUACUGUGACUGCCCCCCUUGUUUCUAAUGCACUAGUAACUACUACAUCUGGCGCCACACAAAACCUUGUUACUUCACAAAUACGUUUAUCAUCUCUAGUAAAAUCAUCACAGCCUCUUCAGAGAGGCAACGUUCAACAGUUUUUAACACCGGUGCUGAAAGGUGCAUCCACUGUACUUCCAAAAUCUAAUCAAAUUAUAAACAAUACCAGUGUAGCAACAGCAAUUCCCGCACAACUUCUAAAGUCAGUGCAGAUUUCUUCACAGUUACUCAAACCGAAAGCCACGAUUGGCAAGAAAACUACAGUAGGAACUGGUGUACCAAAAACUACAAUUAACUCUAAUACACCACUAGUUCUUCGAACUGCGUCUAUUGUUAAGACCCAAGAUUUAAAGGCAGCAACAACGUGUUCCACGUCUAUCUUGAAACCAACUCAAAUUUCUUCAACGCCUAUAUCUAUCUUGAAACCCCAAGCAAAGACUGCAUUUAAUAAUUCAACAAAACAAAACCUAACUAUCGCGGCUCAAAAUGUAUCGAACAUCUCGAAUAAUUCGCAAAACAAUUUGCAAAAAACAGCUGUAACACAACACAGUGGUACAUUUGACCCUGCUAAAACAACGAUACAGAAUGAUUCUGUGAAACAAAAACUUAAUCUUGUAGCAAAUGGCACAAAUUUGAAAGUGAACAAGAAAGGUAAAGGGACUCCUGUUAAGUCAACAACAGUAAUAAAUGACUCUACAGAUUCGACUAAGCCAUUGGGUUCUAGCGAAAAUCCAAUACAAAUAGUUCAACAAGGUCAAACAUUUCAUAGUAUGCAACGUCUGACACCUACACAGUUAAAACAGAUCGCUCAUGCUUUGCAACAGCGAAGUCAAGAAACAACCGCUUCGAACGAGAGAGUUGUAUACAGGGUUGUCUUCCCCGAAGAACUUGAUUUGGGAAUUAGGAGUCCAGGAAAUUUACUAAAAAGUCGCGGUGGAAAAAGGGGCAGACCAAAAAAGAAUGCUAUCAGACCUUCUUUGCUGCCACCUAAACCGCCACAGAUUCCUGAUGAAGAACAGGAAGAACUAAAGGUAGAUUUGGUUUUGCGUUUUCAUGAAAUUGUAAUCGUUUUAUCGAUCUUAAUACCGGAAUAUUUCUUCCAGGAUGAAAGAAAAAAAGUAGUAGCGAGAACGCGAUCUGGUAGACUUUCUCGACCUCCUAGACAUAUGGUGCGAGAUUACAAACAUUUACAUCAUUUAGAUUUCUUGCAACCUGACUUGGAUGAUUCAGAUGGUGGUUAUAGCGAUUACAAUACAAAUAAUGACAAGCUCGAGGAAGAAGAAUCACCGAAGGAAUUAUUGACAGGGUUAGAAGUACCGAAAAGAAAAAUAUCAGAUCACUUCAGGUGCCCUACGUGUAACAAAAUAUAUUUAGGACGCACUCGAAUGGCAAGGCACUUUGAAAUGCAUCCUGAUCAUGGUAGUCCCGAGCAAUUACCUCCUCCGACUCCUGAACCUGAAUUGAAGCAAAAUGGGGGUCAGGAUCCCUUGAAACGUAAAGGGAAAAAACGAGGUCCUUGGGCUUAUGUCACACCAGAAGCUAAAUCAGAGAGACGUCAAAUAAAAUUGAGGGAGGCAAUUUCUGUGUGCGAAGAUUCUGAAAUAAUAAAAAUAGCUGCAAAGCCAGUACUUAACGCACAAUCAUUGUUUGACUUAUUAGUAUUAAAAUCCGAGAAUAAUGUAAAGAAUUUCUUGGACGAAUUAAAAAUAUUAAUGGGUAAAAUACGAGAAAAGGCUGGAACAAUGUUCGCGAUUGCAAAUAGUGGCGAAGAAUCAAAGGAUUUAAUUGAUAUCAGCGAAGAAUCACUUUGCGAUGCUUUAGGUCUUAAUCCUGGUCUGUACAGGAUUGAUAACGAUGCCUUGAAGAAGAUUGAUACUCCUAUCUGUAACGCUUAUGAUAACGGAGAACCGCCGCUUAAACUCCAGAAAACACACAAUUCUGAAGAUACUAAAGAUAACAUAGAGGAGCAAAUGUCCAGUGGAUUUUCCGAAAGUUCAGAUCUCAGUGUCUCUGAGUUCUUAAAUGAUAGAAGAAACGAAUCUAUAGCGAACCCUACUUGCCCUGAAGUGUUGUCAGCUUUAACGCUGAUGAGAAGGAAUCCCAGUCCCGUAAAUAGCACGGAGAAUAAUAAAUCCAAUAAUGUCUCGAAAUUAUUAAUUUCGAAUCCAGAGAUUCAAAAUCAAAUUUCAGAUACUCCUGGAUUCCAAAAAGUGGUUAUCACAUCACCAAAAGCUUCUAUCUAUCAAAAAACGGAAUCUCACAAAGAAAGAUUCACAAAACUGGCAAAUGGUCUGGAAUCGUCGAAUUUCUGUAAGGUCGAAGAUAAUUUUGAACGGCCUAAGUUAGAGCAUAUAGAAGAAGCAUUCAUAAAACUCGAAUCAACGGAACAAGGUUUUGUUAAACUAGAAAGCAGUCCUUUGGGAAGUUAUUCGAAACAGGAGACUGAGAAUUUUGAGAAAAUACAAAACGGGCUGAAUAACAUGGAAAAUGGAUCUCAAAACUUCGCUAAAGGCUUCCAGAAACUGGUGUCUAAAAUAAUUCCUAUAUCAUCGUCAGAUAUGAAUUGUGUUAAAAACCAAUCGGUGCCAUUAGUUACAAGUUCUUGUAAAAUGAUACCAGCUACUUCCGGUUGUAAGAUUUCAGACAGUAUACCAAUUAUACAAGAUACGGUACCAAUAAUUUCCAGUAAUUGUGAUACUAGUCUAUUUGGCAGCGCAGAGAAUUUAGAUAUGUCUAAAAUAGCACAAUACGAUCACAUUGCACACUUAGAUAUUUUAAAUACAAGCGGAGUAAUAGAUAAAAAUUUGUUAAUUGACGAGAAGUUAGUUGAACAAUUGCAUUUAGUAGACCAAUCAAAUUUAGUUGACGAACUAGUGUCUGAAAGAUUAAAGAAUAUUAUGCCAGAUAAUAUAUUGGAAAAUAAUUUAAUACCAAAUAAUUCGAAUUUAGAUACAGAACUCGAUUUCGAUGCAUUAAGCGAAGAGUUUAAUCGGAAUACUAGAAGUUGA